CGAAGCUCCGUCAGAGGUGUCGCAACAGUCCAAACCGACGGAGCAGUCGGGUUGGGUGGCCAGUACGGUGUGGUGUGUGCGUCACGAAAGCAGAUAGAGCACGGAACGCAAAAACGUGAUUACCGGUUGUCAUGACGUUCGCGUAAGCAUUGUGCAUUGUGAUUCGCUGCCCAAGAAACAUGUUGAGUGAUAUCUGGUGCUCGAAUUCGCUAUGUACCGUCAGUGGUGCGACGGUGCAGUGCAAAUUAGUGCUGGUUUUGGUACUACUCGCGAUUCUACCUGAUGUAUACACCGAGAGCCAUGGACCGUCCCCAGAUUUCAGCAGGCACACGCUGGUUAGACCGCGAGUCUAUCACGGCAGGACCAGGCGGCACAUCUCCUCGACCAAAGAGAACGAUAUCGAACACGCUGACGUGCUGACUGUGGCUUUCGAGCUAGACGGUGUGCAACGUGUCCUAGACCUGAGAUUGAACACCGAUCUAGUACCGGUUGGAUAUCAGCAGCGUCAUCAGCAUCGAGGCACGUACGUGGUGCACACACCCUCGAAAGUGGAACUAUGCCACUAUCAAGGUAGCGUUCGUGACGUUCCUGGUUCUUGGGUAGCGGUGUCUACGUGCAGAGGGCUGCGUGGUGUCGUUUUCGAUGGCGAGAACCUGCAUCACAUCCACCCGGAACAAGAAUCCUUGGACUCGCAGCAUUACGUCUACAAGCACAGCGAUCUGGUUGCCAAUCAUACUUGUGGUUACGAAGGAACGCCGCACCAUGUUCUCGGCUAUGAACACCGCGGGAUCGUCAACAGAGCCACGAGGCACAAGAGAGCGGCUGAAGCGAUUCGAGGACCCUACAACGCUAACAGGCAUUCCCGAUACGUAGAGUUGGUCCUCGUAAUCGAUAAAAAGGAAUACAUCGCUCUCGACGAGAACGUGGACAAAGUUUAUCAACAUUGCAAGGAUAUCGCGAACAUUAUCAAUGCAUUGUACAUGCCACUGAACAUAUUCAUCGCGUUAGUCGGGGUGCAAGUUUGGUCCGACGCGGAUGAAAUAACGCUGUCUCCAAACGGGGACACCACCCUCUCGAAUUUCCUUCGGUACAGAAGGGAGAAGCUGGUGCAGGACAUGCCGAACGAUAACGCCCAGCUGUUGACCCGAAUCACUUUCGAGGGAGGCGUGGUUGGAAAAGCGCUUAAGGGACCAAUAUGUACGUACGAAUUCUCCGGUGGUGUCUCGAUGGAUCACUCGAACGUCGUGGGAUUAGUAGCAGCUACCGUCGCUCAUGAAAUGGGUCACAAUUUCGGUAUGGAACACGACUCGGCUGAUUGCGAGUGUCCCGAAGAAAAAUGCAUCAUGGCAUCGUCGAGCGGCUCGUCGGGACCAACGCACUGGUCCACUUGUUCUCUGGAGCAUCUGGCUCUGGCGUUCGAGCACGGAAUGGAUUAUUGUUUGAGGAACAAACCGCAGAAGCUGUUCGAUAGCCCGAUUUGUGGUAACGGGUUCGUGGAACCCGGGGAACAGUGCGACUGUGGCCUGAAAGAGAACUGCGACAAUCCCUGUUGCAACGUGACCACCUGCAUGUUGCAUAGUAAUGCGAGCUGCGCCACCGGCGAAUGUUGCGAUUUAAAAACUUGCAGACCGAAAUCAGCGGGCACCGAAUGCAGAAGCGCCGAGCACGAAUGCGAUUUGCCGGAAUAUUGCACCGGCCAGAGCGAAUAUUGUCCCGUGGACGUGUUUAAGAUGGACGGUGAACCAUGCAGCAUGGGAAAAGCGUUCUGCUACCAGGGCUCUUGCAGAACUCAUAAUGACCAAUGUAAGCUGCUAUGGGGACCUACUGGAACCUCUUCCGACGCACAGUGCUAUGACAUGAACAAUAAAGGCACGAAGCAUGGCAAUUGUGGCUACAAUCGAAUCGAGUCUAGCUACGUCAAGUGUACCGACGAAAAUCUUUUGUGUGGAAUGCUACAUUGUAAGCACCUGAACGAAAGACUAGAAUUCGGUAUGGAAUCCGUGGCGAUUCUCAGCCAUUCGUUUAUCAACACCGGAGGGAAGAUCAUACCCUGUCGUUCGGCUAUUGUGGACCUAGGAUUGAAUCAGGUGGAUCCUGGUCUCUCUCCAGAUGGCGCAAAAUGUGCACCUGGAAAGAUGUGCGUGAAUCAGAAAUGUAUGCCGGUAGCCGAUUUGCGUGCUUCCGUAUCCGGAGGGAAAGCAUGUCCUAAUAAUUGCGGAGGCAACGGAGUGUGCAACAGUCUCGGCCAUUGUCAUUGCAAUCGUGGCUUCCGGCCACCUGAUUGCACUCAACCUGGCGUGGGCGGCUCCGAGGACAGCGGUCCGGCGGAGGAUCCGAACGCGAGAAACGACUUCAUAAUGGCCCUGUACAUUAUCUUUUUGGGGAUCGUACCGAUGGUCGCUCUGUCCUCGUUCGGUAUUUGGUACGUGAGAAAUCCUGGCCAGCAUUGGAAGAAGAGCAUGAUGUCAACGACCGAUCGUGGCCACAACGGACUGUCCAUCAAAACGAUCGAUCGUUCCAGUCCCUUGCCUCGUAACAUCGAAACGAUCGAUUCUAGUCUCAGUCAGGAUCCAGCGUGCGCGAGUUUGUUGCCGAAAGCUGAUACCGACGAGCGUUACAACAAUAAUUUGUUCGGCCAGUUCAAAGGUUUCACGAUCACGCCGAUAAAAAAUCAACCGAAGAGCCCCGAGCCGACUAAGCCAGCACCUCCUCCGCCCACGAUUCCAACUGUAGCUAUUAAGACUAACAUCAAGACAGUUCCCAAGUGCAAUCCAGCGCGCAGUUCGCUGCUCAGUUCCACAACCAGUUUCAACGAGGUGCAGUCAACCGCGCCAAUUCUGCCUCCACUGAAUCCAGGAUGUACAGCUCGUCCUUUGAUCAGCAGCCCGGUAUUGGCUGCGACUACGUGCACAUCGGUGGAGCUAGUGGCUCCUAAAAUUUCUAACAAGUCUACUAUAGACGGUCCAACGAGACCAGCGCCGGCUCCGCCGAUCUCCGCUGACGUUCAAAAGCCACAGAGACCAAGCAGUACACCUUUGACCAACUUACUGGUGCCGGAGGCUGAAAAGAAGCCAGAGAAGGGCAGCACUUUAAAUAGAAUCGCCUCGAUGCUUCGACCCAAUUCUGGGAUCAUGAAAGGUAGCCUGCAGAUGUCACAGAAGGACGAGAAGACAACGAAUUCUCUGCCCAGAAUACACCAUCAUAAAGCGAACAAAGUGAUAGAUAAAGAAAUUUUGAGAAACUUGGAGAUUUCCAAUCCCAUCCCUCAGAAAGAGAUCGAAAUUCCUACACCAGCGAUUCCUGUGAUCCCCGCGGCCGAUGCAGAGAAAAAGAACGUCGUGUUGCGCGCCCAGUCCAUGAGAGACAGCAAGAUCACUCCGAGACCUGCGAUUCAGACGUUCGGAUCGAUGCGACAGACGACACCGGUUAAAAGACCCACCAGCAUCCCUGCGAGCACAAGGCCUACGGCUCCUCCACCGGGACCUCCUAUUCCUACAACGAUGGACAAAAUGAACGAAAGUGGGAAGAUCCCUGGACUGCCUGGAUAUCAGACACCGCAAGUGAAGAACCCGCAGAAGGUCGUGGACAACGCGUACGACGAUUGCAUGAACCUCGUCAGCGAGUCGUCGCUGACCAAAAUAACAGAAGAGUCACCCACCAACGACAAUAUAUACGCGGUCAUAGAGGAGACUCUGCCCGAGAAGAGCAGGAAGAACAUGGAAUCGGAGAAGCAGAUCGACAACGAAUACAAAUUACCGAAACGCGUCGAUCCCACGGCCAAUUCCGGCGGAUUGGAAACGAUGGGCCUGUUAUCGGAGAUCGUGUCGGAGAUAUCGAACAGAAACUUUGAUUCCAUAUAUUCCACCGCUACUUUAGCCAGAAAAGCGCAAGAGAACGAGGCUGCGUCGAAAAAUACCGAGGACUUGGGUUACAACAAUUCUCUUGGCACUUACAUGAACUCGAGUCACUACAAAUCGCCGGGCAGCAUUUAUUCCAAUUCCGCGUCUGGAAAAUUUAACUCGUCCAGUUCCACGACGAGCUCGGGUUACCUGAAUCCAUCAGCGUUGAACGUGCCGCAACAGGAGCCCGAGAAAAUUGCCGACGCCAACAAGUCCAACAAAGGGAAACUGUUGUCGCUGAAUCUAGCGAAUCCGAAUCUAAACGACGAGAUAUCGAAGGAACUGGGAAUGAAAAGCACGGCAGAGGACGCGGGGCCUCGAAAACCGAUCACGUCGAUGAAGAGUCGACCGACUCAACGAACUGUUACUCACUCGAAAAGCGACGAAGGGACAAACGACAGCAAAGAGCCGUUGAAACCGCCUCUUGGAAGAACGAAGACUCCGCCGAACAUCGCGAAAGGUUCGAUCACGAAGGACGCGAACUCCGGCGCCAGACAAGCUCUGGACACCGCGUCCAAGUCUAAACAGUAUUCUGACAGUAGUUUAAAGAAGCAAGGUUCGAAUGCGAGCGUGGACUCAACCGGGCAAAAUUCGGAUACGAAGGGUGGCAAUGCGAAUCAGCCAAACGGUAGCCUAGAGAAGCAGGAUUCUCACACGAACGUUAAUAGAUUAUCUCUGAAAACUGUGCCUUGUAGUCCUAAAGAUAACGGGGGAAAGUUUAACAGUCCGGACUUAGUGUCGAGCUGUUCAAAUUCUAAUCAAAUCAGUACAAAGUCGCCGGACGUUGUUGGAAACAAUGCAAAGCUUAACUUUCAGUCGAAAAACGUUCAGAAAACGCCGACAUUGUCACGAGGCAGUACUACGAAAGCACCCGCCACCCCGAUUAAGCCAUUGAACAUUGCGUCCAAAGGAACUAGUCUCGCGGAGAAAAAGAAGUCUCCAACUGGUAACACGAGCGUGACUAAAUCGUUAUCCGCUAAGGAAUCGGCUACUAAAAGCGCGCAAUCGAAGCCGAGUCAAAAGACGGAGACGAAAGAUUCAGGGGCGAAGACGAACCCGGUGCAAAGAGCAGCGAGCAGUAAAUCGAAUGUGGCCUCCCUUCAACAGAAGUUCGAGGCAAAUAAGAACGUUAACGCGCCAAGAACGAUACCCAAUGUACAUAAAACACAACGUACAGUCGGCAAGACUGAAACUUCGGGUGUUAAGAAAUAAGCGAUCAGCGCACACUUGCACAGUAAUAUACCGACUAAUAAUAUUAGUAAAUUGACAAGUCACACGUUAUAGGAUGUAAACUUAUCUUGUAUCGUUUUAUAAUUCUCCGUCGAAUAAGAUAAUCAGAUAUUUUGCAAUUGAAGACUACAGAGAACAAACAUGAUAAAUCUAUAGGAAAUCUGUAUGUUAUCACGACUAAUCCUAUAUUACCUAAACUGUCUUUUUUCAUUUAGAGAUUGUAUGUGUCGAUUCUGGAAUACGUUAAAAAUAUUAUUUGUCAUUACAUUAGUUAUCCGAUUGAUUUUGUACAAAACUUGUUGGUUUUUUUUCGCUACCUUUAAGAGACAAUAUGUAAUGAUAUAUGGUCUUUCUGAGUCGUGUUAAAAUACCACCAAGUGAUGUCAUAACAGGCUUAUCAUGUUUUCCCGUGUGAUCUUUGACUUGUCAGAUUUAUUUGGAAAAUGUCAUUCGUUCCAUUAGCAACUUGUUAAUAUUAUUCAAACGUAUUUAUUGGUAGUGGCAACUUGUAACUUGUAGCUUGUAAAAUUUCACUAAUGGUUUAAUUGUGCAAGACAGCUCGGAUGGACGAAUAGGUGGCCAAUCAUCAAAAAGAAGUAUGUAGGAUUUAUUUAAAACAUUCUAGUCUAUCGAUCAUUGGAUGAAAACUUAUGAAUACUUCUGUUCAAAUAUUUCUACGAUAUUAUCUUAUUUAAAUGACCAGCCACGAAGAAGUGGAGUCGUAAUAGUACAAUGAUCAACUGUUCGUUCGGGAAACCGAAUGAAAGAAUUGGUUGAUCGAAAGCCACGCUAACUUGUAUUUACUGUCAGAAUACUGAAAUUAGGUUGUACCGACCGCGAGACGCGAGACGCGCGACGCAAUAUUACCGCUGUAAAUAGUAGUUACUUAAAAAUUCUAAUAUUUUUUGUAGAAAUUAUCCAUUAUAUCGUAAUAUUCGGAUGUACGCGAAACAUUAACGAUCGUCGAGGAUAUUUAUCUUAAGAGCAUUUUGUAAAACGAAAUGAACAGAAUAAGCAACAAUUAUUUUCAAAAGUUUCGCUCGAUGCCGCAAAAGGAACGCGUAAGAAAUUAUAUUGAACUCUGUGAUAUACAUGUAACGAGAGGUAAUACAGAAACAUCGUAUCGUACAUUAUUAUAAGUAGCAGAUUAUAGAUGCGACCAAAUCUAUCAUUUUAUAAUAUCGUCUCACGCGAAGAGAAAGAAAACAUUGUGAAACUUCGAGAAUAUAAGAAAUUUUCAAGAGGACAAAGAUUAGUUUCGAAAGGAAAACCAUAUCCAAGAAAGAUAAAAAAAAAAAAGAAAAAAGAAAAAGAAGAAGAAACUCUAUGGAACAGUAGCUCUUUCCAAAGACUAACUAAGCGUCGUCGUCGUUAAAGUCCGUUUUCGCGAAUGCGAUCGUACCUUCGAGAUUCUAAUGCGAAUCAAAAUUUAGGCGCGAUUUAGCUAAGAGAGCUUAAACGGUAGUGUCUGCUAGGGUUUCAACGCCGUGUUCGAAAACGAGGCAGAAUUUCUUCUACGAUAAAAAAGUACAUUAGAGUACAAUGGUAGAGAUAUUUCGUUCAAUGCAUCACCGUCACUACGAUUGUUCUUUUACUUUCGCACGAAUUCUUUGCAUAUUCUAGUAAGAUACUAAGAAAUUCGGACGUUGCUGUUCGAUCGCUAAUUACUUAGCAUCGUUAAAUACGCAAAGACUAAGAGGAAAUAUUUAUUUGACUGAUCGAUGUAAAUAUGUUUAUAAUGUAAUAGAUAUAAGUAACAUUUUGUACAAUGUACCUUCGUGCUCGCUAAGUUAUAAUUCGCGAACUAUCUUUAAACGCAUACAUGCGACUUCAGCAUUUAGCUUCUUCACGGUGUCUCGUUCGAUCUGCUGUAAAGCGUAAAAACGUUCUCCUGUAUAAAGAAGAACCAAAAAAAAAAAAAAAAAAAAAAAAAAAUAAAACGACGGAAGAAAAGGUUUUAUUGAACGACAUGGUUGUAGCGUGUUUGUGCAUUUAUUAUUUCAACAAAGCUAUCUUUCGCUAUGUACGUUUCUCGUGUAUAAGGUUGUUCGCUUGUACGUCGCUUGCGAUGUUUUAAUUUAUACAGUUCCUAUGUACAGUCGCCUCGAUGUAUUAAUUAAAGCAUUUUAGGGACCGCAACUUAAGUUCAAUAAAGCUUUUCGAUGACUAUUAUUCGUUCGGGCAUCGUUUAUAGUCGUUUAUCGCUUCUCUUUUUCUUUCCACGCAAUGAUGUCGUAUGUAUGGAUCCAGUGUAAAGACAAUCAGACGUUUUGCACGGCAUACGACUGUAAAAUAGAAAAUAACGCCCCUCGACAGAAACUUGGCCAUAACUGAUAGAUAAGAUUAUCAUAUUUAGGCGUACGUUUCCUUUUUUUACAUACAACGUUUAGAUUUGUUAAACGAUAUUGUUUACUAAAGAUGACUUGCAGCUAGAGUUAACAAACAUCGUUGCAUUAUCCGUUUAAUACCAAAGAUAAGUUACGUUCCACGUGUUAAAGGGCCAAGAUGUACGUUUAUCGUAACUACUUAAACGUUGUCUCAUAACUUGUACAUUUCCUAAUGCAUAGUAACGUUACAAUAAAUUCUUUAUUCCAUG